ACUUCCUGGAAGAAGAAACCCAGCACAAAUAGAACACCGGUUCCCCAUCUCCCAAUCUCUCGCUCUCUCUAGAACAAAAAGGAGAGAUGGAUUUGUACCUCAUGUUCCACAGCGUGCUGAUGCACGUCGCCGCCGCGCUGGUGGUGCUGGUGUACAUCCCGCUGUCCAUGCCCGUGAAGCUGUUCUUGUGGGCGUUCGUGAAGCCGCUGAGGAAGGAGAGCCUGAGAGGGAAGGUCGUCCUCAUCACCGGCGCCUCCUCCGGCAUCGGCGAGGAACUGGCCUACCAGUACGCAGCGCAAGGUGCGUGCCUGGCGCUGGUGGCGCGGAGGAAGAAGGCUCUCGAGGGCGUCGCCGCCGCCGCCCUGGAGCGCGGCUCGCCGGACGUCCUCGUCCUGCCGGCCGACGUCUCCGACGCCGACCAGUCGAGACGCGCCGUCGAGGAGACAGUCGCGCACUUCGGCAAAUUGAACCAUCUGGUUGCCAAUGCCGGUAUCUGGUCCUCUUGCUCCUUCGAUGAAGUCACCAACAUAACCGCUUUCACCAAGAUGAUGGACGUGAACUUCUGGGGAUCCGUGUACCCGACCUACUAUGCCCUACCACACCUCAAGGCCAGCAAAGGGAAACUCGUCGUGUCGUGCUCCGCGGCAGGAACAGUCGGCACUUCAAGAAUGAGCUUCUACAAUGCAACCAAAGCGGCGCAACUGAGGUUCUACGAAACAUUGCGAGCCGAGCUCGGGUCGGAGGUCGGGAUCACAGUUCUCACCCCUGGCUACGUCGAAUCCGAGAUUACCAAGGGCAAGGGCAUCCAGAGCGGCGGCGAUGUCGCUGUCAACGAGGAAGCCAGAGAUGAGCAGAUCGGCGUGUUCCCGGUGGGCCGCGUGGCGGAGCUGGGCGAGGUGGCCAUGGACGGCAUCCGGGCCGGCGACUGGUACGUCACGUGGCCGUCGCUGUUCCGGCCGCUGCAGCUGGUAGCCUGCCUCGCCCCCGGGGUGCUGGACUGGGCCUGCCGCGCGCUGUACGGCACCAGGAAGGGGGCACGACCGCCGCUCGGGAAGAGGAUCAUGGAGGCCACCGGCAUGAAGCGCCUCUUCCCGGAGGCUCUCCGCCGCAACCCAGCCAUCAAGACAGAGGACGAGGAAUAUUGCGACGGCGAAGAAGGCUACGGCGCCGCUGACGAUGCCGCCGCGGCGUACCUACUGCAAUGCAGGAAGGGUUUGCGAGCCGCACAUACGUACAUACGUUGCAUUUUUAGCCUUUCGGAUUCAAUCCUGUAAUAAAAUUGAUUGAUACUAGUAGUACCAAGUGAAACUUAAUUUACGGUAGUGAACUAGGGAUCUUCCAAAAAGAAAAGGUUUAAUUGGAUCCAUACCACUACAAAUAUAUCAUUUAAGAUAAAUGCAACGGCUAUUCAUGAUA